AUGUUGAGAUUCUUGUUCGCUCUUGGGACGGCCUUUUGUGUCAUUACCAUCUCUGAGCAUUUAUCGGCUACAUGUGGAGCUCAUGCUCUCGCUUCUGGUCAGGGUCAAGCGCCAUUGAAAAAGCUCCCAGACGCAUUGAACCCCAAAUUGACCAACAUUGUCGAGAAAGACAUCAUCACGCUCUACUACAAUGGAAGUGGUCCAGUCCCGGACUACGACGAGGUGACACCGCUCCCAGAGCCCAUAACCCCCCUCGAUGAAUCUUUGAUCGAAAACGCUUUCCUUGGCGAAUUGUUAUCGAUCCUCGAAACCACCGCCUAUCCUGAUGUAUGCUCAAAAUGUGUUGCUGCUGGACAGCUGUUCCAUUUUGUGGCCAUCAGUCAACCCGUGGAGAUGGUCACCAGCCUUCUCAUCCGGGCAUGCAACAUGUUUCCAUUCGUCCAAGAUAACCUGCGAGCUUCGUCAUGCGAGACCCAAUUCGGAAGCCCCAGUGAAUUCGGUGCUUUCCUUGCCCAGCUAUUCUCUAAGAUGAGCCUUAGAACAGGCGAUUUCCAAAUGCUGUGUUCGGCCAAUUACGGCUUGUGUCCCGAGGAACGCCCCAUCGAGAUAGACGAGGCUCGAUACUUCGAUCCCAAGCCCGAAGGCGCGAACAUUGCACCAGAACCAUCUGGUCACACCAUCGACGUGCUUCAUCUCUCCGACUGGCAUCUUGAUCCUCGAUAUGAUAUUGGCUCCGAGGGAAAUUGCACACAGUACCUGUGCUGUCGGCCAUAUUCGAGCAAUGACGAGCUUCAGAGCGAUUCGACUAAUCCUACUCUUCCCGCCUCACGCUUCGGUUCAUUCUUUUGUGAUUCGCCCGCUGAUCUCGCAUUGUCAGCUUUCAGCAGUAUGCCAGAAUUCCUAGAUAUGAAAGAGCUCGCCUUCUCCAUAUUCACAGGAGAUAUUGUCUCUCAUGACCGUGAUGAUACACUAUCACUUCCUUAUGUAUCAUACGCGGAGGAACUAACGUAUCGUAUCUUCAAAAAAUUCCUCGGUGAUAGGACGCCGGUCUACGCCACCCUAGGAAACCACGAUACGCUUCCGAAAGACUUCGCUCCACAGCACAGUCUCAACCCUGAUCCCACAGACCCCAGUACUAACGCUCUAGCGUGGAAUUUUGACCUUGUUUCCUCCCUCUGGUACAAGCAUAACUGGCUUAACAAGAGUGAAGCAGCUUUUGCGAGAGCCCAUUAUGGUGCAUACGCUACGACAACGUCUCAGGGUCUGAGAAUUAUCUCGCUCAAUUCGGAUUUCUGGUAUCGGGCAAAUGUGUUCAAUUAUUGGAACGUCAGUAACCCAGACAAUACUGGUAUGCUCAAGUGGCUCUCUGAGGAGCUCACCGAGUGCGAGAAAGGCGGUCAAAGAGCUUGGAUAAUUGCCCAUGCCCUCACGGGCUACGAUGGCAUACCAGGUCUGCCAAACCCGACCGCCUUGUUCUACUCCAUCAUUCGGCGGUUUUCACCUCGCACGAUUGCGGCUGUCUUCUUCGGCCAUACCCAUCAAGACCAGUUACAAAUCUUUUACGACUAUCUGCCCAGUUCGCUGGACCCUAUUACAGGGAAGAGAGACACCUUAAAGGUCGACUUUUCCCGGCCCCUCACUGUUGGCCACAUUGGACCGAGUAUUACUCCGUUGACUGGGUUGAACGCCGGAUACAGGGUGUAUCAAGUCGACAGUAAGACCUUUUCAGUCAUUGGGGCACAAACCUACUUCGCCAAUCUCUCCAACUCUCUUGAAUGGACGACGCCUGUUUGGGAGCUUGAGUACGAUACUCGAAGCGCAUACUCAAAUUCUCUAGCUGCAGGAGUGCCUCAAUCCAGGAAAGACGACCGGUCCGGUGCUCUUCUCGACCGUCGUGUUCCGUGGCCAGCAGGAUCUCCACUCAAUGCUACAUUCUGGCACCAUGUCACAGAAUCAAUGCUUGCAGAUCCCGACUCGAGCAAGUCAUUACUGGAGCUAUACGACCGCUAUGAAACAAAAUCAAGCUCGGCCACACUCCACCGUGGGUCAGGAGCAAUUGCCCCGGAACAGAAAGUAUGUUUCCUGAGAGCUGGAAGCGGUGCGUUGGGGAGCUGGUGUCGUGAGUUAUAUGGUGGAGGAGACGCGAGGGGCGAGAGGGAGAGGCACUUUGGUAUCUUCUGA